AUGGGCUACAGGGAAAGCUUCAAACUGAUCAGGGCUCUUCCUCCUCCUUCCUUUUCAUCGAAACUGUUCUUUCUUGGUGGAAGAAAUGGUGUACCCCUUUGUUGUUCCACUUGUCUCAGAAGGGCUUUGUUUUUUGACAAGGUCUAUCUACAUAGUCCUGAUUGCCUUAGAACUCACUAUGUAGACCAGGCUGGCCUUGAACUACUGAGAUCUGUGUGCCUCUCUCCUGAGUGCUGGGAUGAAAGGUGUAUGCUAUCAAGCCCUGCUUCAGAAGGAUUCUUACAUUCAGAAACGCAGCAAACUUUCUACCUGAUUUCUUUGAGAAACAUAGGAGAAAUAUAUUAUGGCUAAGCCCCACUUAGGGGAUUGAGUCAAGGGCUCAGUGGGUAAGAGCACUUGCUCUGUCAGUAUGAGGACCUGCGUUUGAAUCCUCAGUACCAGGGUCAGAAGGCAAGUGUGUUCCUGUAGACCUCAGCAUUUCCAGGCAGAGGCAGAUGCAUUCUAGAGCUCUCUGGCCCAGCAGCCUGGACAAAAAGGUGAACUUCUAGUUUAGUGAGAAACCCUGUCUCAACGCAGUAAAGGAGGCUGCUCAGCAUGCUGGUCGUGGCAGGGGCACAGGAACUGUAUACUCAUGGGCACAUACCCCCCCCCCACACAAUUUUUAAUUGAGCUGGUGAAAUGGUUCAGUGAGUAAAGAUACUUACUGCCCAGCUGGACAACCUGUGUUUAAUCCCAGGGAGCCACAUGUAGGAAAAAGAAAAAUGACUCCUGAAAGUUGUCUUGUGACAUUAAUGUGUGUGCUUGUAUACACCCACACACAAUAAAUGUAAUAAUAGUUUUUUUAGAAAUAACUUUAAAUUUAAAAACAUCUCUUGAUCUCUAAGAAUCAAAACCCGUUGACAGAAAGUCAAGAAAGCAUGCGGAAAUCCAGAUUCCCUAACGUGGAUCUGGGACGUCUUUUGUCUAUUUCCUUUGAUUUUGAGAUAGGGUCUCCCUAUGUAGUCUUGGCUGACCAUGGGCUCGCUAUGUAGAUGGCCUUGAACUCAUGGAGAUCUGCUUGUCUCUGCCUCCUGAAUGCUGGGAUUAAAGGUAUACAUAGCCACACCAGGCCUUCAUCAUUAUCUCUUCUUCUGGGCCUCAUGCCUCUGAGCUUCUGUGACCUCUGCUUCUACUCCUUUCUCUUCUGGGUGCCAGAGAGUACUCUGCAUGUCAGCUCUUUCUGUGUCAUCCCCAAAAUAACGAGAAGCCGGCUGAGAUGUGGUUCCUCGGUAUCGCCGACAUCUGCCCUUCACCUUCAUUCUCUUUGUUUCUGGAAAAUUGUCUUCUCAUUUCAUAAUCAUACCCUUUAAAAUCUCAAAUCUUGGGUUAGGUCAGUGGGGGACCAGAGUUUGGAUCUCAACACAUAAACCCGGCAUGUGAGCGCAUGUGCGCACACACACACGCACACACGUGAGGGGGAGAGGAGGGAGAGAGAGAGAGAGAGAGAGAGAGAGAGAGAGAGAGAGAGAGAAUGUAAAAGAAUAAAAGGGAGGAGGGAGAGCGCCAGGUGUGGUGGCAGGCUCUGUUGUCUCAAGUAUUCAGGAUCCUGCCAUAUGUCAUCCCAGCAGCGUCUUGAGCCCAGGAGUUUGGGUUGAGCCAAGGCAUCAGGGCAAGAUUUUGUUUCAGAAAGGGGAAGUCAGAACCAAUUAUUGCCAGUUUAAGAAAACAUCUGACUGCUUUUCUCUCCUUUGAGGGUCACCAAAUUCUAGUCUCCUUGAUGGUGACAAGGCAGUCACAAAUGCUAGGGAGAAUAGAUAUGCGUGCAAUAGGACCCAGACAUGACAUAUUUGUUACAUUGGCCCACUUAGAAAAAGUGAUUUCUAGCUGGGCGGUGAUGGUGCAUGCCUUUAAUCCCAGCACUCGGGAGGCAGAGCCAGGCGAAACUCUGUGAGUUCGAGGCCAGCCUGGGCUACCAAGUGAGUUCCAGGAAAGGCACAAAGCUACACAGAGAAACCCUGUCUCAAAAAACCAAAAAAAGAAAAAGUGAUUUCUAAAACAAUUGUUUUAGGGGGAGGAGUUUUGUAAUCUGAAGAUUUUCCUUUUUUAUUUCUGUUUAAAAACUAUAAAAUUGUGGUGGCGCACGCCCUUUUAUUUCCAGCACUGGGGAGGCAGAGGCAGGUGGAUCUCUGAGUUCACGGCCAUCCUGGUCUACAGAGCAAGUUCCAGGACAGCCAGGGCUAUCCAGAGAAACCCUGUCUUGAAAAACCAAAACCAAAUUGACACCAAAAAACCCUAUAAAACCAUUCUAUUGUGGUGCCACUUAAUGUAAACUGCAUUGCUGUAUACACAAUGUGGUCUUUCAUAUUUCACUAAAUAGGCAUCAUUUUCUCGAAUUCAAAAAUUUCUAAGAACAUAUAGAUAAAAAAAAUAGAAAGAUGGAUGUUUAGUAAAGCAUAUAUGAAAAGUAUUUAAAAAUCUGAAGAAAAGAAAAAAAAAGAUGAGUGCAAGACAGAGCAUCCAGAAUCACGAAGUUGGAACUCUAGGACUUGGCCCUGUAAAAAGCCUGUGGAAGAUCAUGUGAGAAUGUAAGGGUUCCUGUAUAAAUAGUCAACGUCUUGCCUCCUUUCACUAUUUUGAAAGAGAGUAUCUUUUACUUACUCUUUGCCAAUUUUGUGUGUGAACCAUGUAUGUUAAUCAUAGACACCAAGACUCCUCCCUCCCCCAACCCCUAACCCCUGCUUCAUAUCAUUUUCUUUUUCUGCGAAUUACUGAAUCGGUUAGUGCUGGCUGCUGCCUGCCCUUGUUGAUUUGGUCUUGUGCAGGUGACCACAGCUCAGUAGCUCAUGAGUGUAACAGCCUUGUCAUAUCCAGAACGCAGAGUGGUAGGCGGACUCUUCUGUCCCACCUGCCACUUCCCAAAUAACCACACAGAGACUCAUUAUUAAUUAUAAAUGAUUGGCUAAUAGCUCAGGCUUGUUACUAGCUAACUUUUACAUUUUAAAUUAACUCAUAUUUCUUAUCUAUGCUCUCCCACAUAUCGGUAUUUCUUUUAGCAUGGCACAUUCAUCUUGCUUCUCUCCGCAUCUCCUCAUGACUCCUGAGACUCCUCCCUUCUUCCCAGCAUUCCUCUGCCCCCAAAAUCCUGCCUAGCUAUCGACAUGUCAGCUCUUCAUUCACCAAUGAGAGUGAUACAUAUUCAUAUUGUAUAAAAAGAUUGUUCCACAGCACAGCAUGUCACAGCACUCCUCCCUGUCUUCUAGUUUUUCCAUAAUGUGCCCUGAGCCUUUGGGGUAUGGGAAUGAUUAAGGUGUCCCAUUCUGGGCUGAGCACUCGACAUUCACUUAUUCUCGGUACUUAGGCCAGUUAUGUGUCUUUGCAUCAACUGAUGGCCACUAGUUCUGCCUUUGGACACUAUUUGAAAUACUGUGUCUGCACUGAAAUGUUUGGAUAUUAGUAUAGUUGAAGGUUUCUACUGCCAGAUCUUGCUGAGUUUUGAGAAUUAAAGGUAUUUAGCUUCUGGUCAACUCAGGACACUAGUGUUGAUCCUUCGUAGUGAGAUGCCUACCAAAAAGCAGUCAGUGCUCUUUGUGGCAGGAUAUAGCCAGAAAGUUGAGAGCUGAGCAGCAUUUGUUUUAGGCUCAUGUUUUGCUCAAGCUCACAGAACAGUUCUCAGCUCUGCAAGUGUUGCCAGAUGACAAAGACUGCAUAGACUCUUUCAGUCUGCAGCUUAGGGAAUCCCCAUCAGGAGUUUACUAACAGCUAUGGAGCUAGCUCAGCCGGGAAAGCGUUUGCAGGGCAAGUGUGAGGACCUGAGUUCAGUCCAACACCUAUUUUCUUUUUUUAAGCAGAACAUGAAUGAGGAAGAAACACAGCAUUGCCCCGGCCUACACAUACACACACACACACACACACACACACACACACACACACACACACACACACACAGAGUCACACCCACAUACACAGAUAAUCACUUAAAAACUAUUUCAUUGCUGGGCGUUGGUGGCACAUGUCUUUAAUCCCAGCAGUUGGGAGGCAGAGCCAGGCAGAUCUCUGUGGGUUCAAGGCCAGCCUGGUCUACAGAGCGAGAUCUAGGACAGGCACCAAAACUACACAGAGAAAUCCUGUCUUGAAAAACCAAAACAAACAAGCAAACAAACAAAAAACAUUUCAUCUUGUCUUUCUAUGAUUGAGUUAAAGUGCCUUCAGAGUUUGGCAGCAGGCUAACGUUAUGAUGGUGUCUUAUUCACAGGCUCUGACUUGUGGGAACUUAGGUUUCUAUCACACAGACCGUCCAGCAGAGCAGCUCAGGUGUUGUUCAGCUUGUGACUGGUUGAGUGAGGACUUAGGUUUGGCGCAGUGAGGGAUUCUCAGAUCGGAAGGCUGACAAGAUAGCUUUAUCCAUCCUUCUUCCCCAUCUUUCCUUUUGAGAGAGGCUGUGUGUGUGUGUGUGUGUGUGUGUGUGUGUGUGUGUUUAAUGUCAGUGUGCAGUGGGGUGGUCAGAGGACAACUUGCAGGUUCUCUCUUUUCACCAUAUAGAUUCCAGAGAUCAAACUCAAAUUGUCAGGCUUAGCAGCUUUACCCACUGAGCCAUCUUGCCAGUCAGCCCACAGUUUGAAAAGACCAAAUCUGAAAUUCCCUGGAUAUUCCUUCCAACUAGGAUCCUCAUCUCUGAGAAGAAUCUCCAUCAUUGUUUUAGAGUGUAUCCUUCCCUACAUUUAUGGUACAUUUCUCCCUGUACAUGUGGACCUGAAAGAAAAACAAGGUAACUCUGUGGUGUGUUUGCAUCAUACAGUCUCUGCUGGAUGGUUUUAUGUCAGCUUGACAUGAGCUAACGUCAUGUGAGAGGAGGGAGCCUCAGUUAAGAAAAUGCCUCCAGGAGACAGAGUUGAAGGGCAUUUUCUUAGUCAGUGAUUGAUGAGGGAGGGCCAAGCCUAUUGUGGGUGGUGCCAGUGGUCCUGGGUUCUAUAGGAAAGCAGGUUGAGCAAGCCCUGGGAAGCAAGCCAGUAAGCAGCACAACUCCAUAGCCUCCGUAUGAGCUCCUGCCUCCAGGAUCCUACCCUGUUUGAGUCCCUGUCCUGAUUUUCUUCAGUGAUGGACUACAAUGCAGAUACACAAGCCAAAUAAACCCUUUCCUCCACAAGGUACUUUGGUCAUGGGGUUUCAUCACAUUAAUAGUAACCCUAACCAAGACACCACCCUGUUCUUCUGAUUCCACAACUUGCGUUUUGAGACACAAUAUUUCCUUAAUAUCUUCCAUCUCCUCUCCUCUCCUCUCCUCUCCUCUCCUCUCCUCUCCUCUCCUCUCCUCUCCUCUCCUCUCCUCUCCAUUCCCCUCCCCUCCCUUCUCCUUCCCUUCCCUCCUCUCCUCUCCCAUCCCAUUCCAAAUUUUGUAUUUUGAGACAUGAUCUCACACAGUCCAGGCUGGUCUUGAACUUGAUAUUUAGUUGGAGAUGGCCUUCAAUUCCUGAUAUUCCUGCCUCCAUCUCUGUAGUGCUGGAAAUCAGCGUGUGCUACCAUGGCCAAUAGCCUGCAUCUCUCUGUCUCUCUGUCUUUGUAUAUUCCACACUAGCCUCAAACUUGGAGCCCUUUAGUUUCUGCCUCCCAACUGCUGGCAUUACAGGCCUGCAUCACCAUGUCAGCACCUAAAGGCAUUAUAUUAAUUUUAAAACUUGAUAGUGGUUUUCAUUCUUAUCACACAUUUUUUUUUUAGAAAAAUUUUUUAGAAAAAAAAAUGUAGGUCAUGUUUUAGUGUUAAUGAACUUGCAGUGAAAACGAUAGGUAAUAACAACUCUUAGGUCCCAGCUGGGGGAUCGACUGUUUGGAUCUUUUGAGAAUCCUCUCUUGGUUUCUUUCCUGGUCCUUGUGCUGUUCCAGGCCAUACAUGUGUCACAAGGUGGAGACAGGCUCUAAGAACCUCUGGUACUCAGGACAACUUGACUUUCAUUAUGUAUUGUUAGAAAUUGAUCACAGAUAUUUUAUAUGAAUACAUGCCUGUGCUGGCUAGUUUUAUGUCAGCUUGACACAAGCUGUAUCAUCUGAGAGAAUGGAACCUCAAUAAAUGUCACCAUAAGAUGGGGCUGUGGGCAGGCCUGUAGGGCAGUUUCUUAAUGAUCGACAGAGGGAGGGCCCAGUUCAUUAUGGGUGGGGCCACCCCGGGCUGGUGGUCCAGAGUUCUAUAAGAAAGCAGACUGAGCAGCCAUGAGGAAUAAACCAGUAAGCAGCCCCCCUCCACGGCCCCUGCAUCCGCUCCUGCCUCCAGGAUCCUGCCCUGUUUGAGUUCCUGUCCUGACUUCCUUCAGUGAUGAACAGCAGUGCUGAAGUGGCUUGGUGACGUUUGGGGAUGUGGCUGUUGUUUUCUCCCAGGAGGAGUGGGAAUGGCUCAGCUCGGAGCAGAGGAGUCUGUACUGGAAGGUGAUGCUGGACAACUACAGGAACCUGGCGUCCCUGGGACUUUGUGCUUCUAAGCCAGAUAUGAUCACCUUGUUGGAACAAGGAGAAGAUCCCUGGGUGAUGAAAAGAAAGAGGACAAGAGGCCAGUGCCCAGACUUAAAGGCUGUGCAGAAGUUCCCUCCAAAGGACUUACGUGAAGGAAAGUUUUCCCAGGCCAUGGUGAAAAAACAGCUCCUGCACUGUAGACCCAAGUGCUCUGUGUUAGGGGGAAACUGGGAUGGCGAUGCUGUGUUCCAGACACUGAGGGGCUUGAGGACCAUCCCAGAUAUGGCUAGAGACAGCUCUCCGCAGCGUGUGUCAGCUCCCAAGAGUUUCUGUAAGGAUGUGACAUGGGAGACGUGUGAGGACCUGGGGUCCUCAGGCCAGCAGUCUAUACAUGAGGCCCAGGAUUUGUUUCCAAGGCAGGACUCAAAGGCCGAAAGGGUGGCAGACAGAACUUCCAGCACUGAACUUGAGUGCUCCACCUUCAGAGAAAAUUGGGAUUCUGAGUGUGUGUUUGAAAGGAAUGGUAAGGACACACUGUUUGAGCAAGAGACCGUUACUCAGAACAAAGCCUUCUCAGAGGGGAGAGAUUGUGUUUAUAUCAAAUCUGGAAGAUGGUUUCAUUUGAACAGUUCAGAAGAGAGAAGUUAUAAUUGUGAUUCAGGUAAAAGUUUUCCCCCAAAUUCAGUGGUCAUAAAAGAAACAGGAAUCUAUGCAGGCAAAAAACUUUUCAAAUGUAAUGAAUGUAAGAAAACUUUCACCCAGAGCUCAUCCCUUACGGUUCACCAGAGAAUUCAUACCGGAGAGAAACCCUAUAAAUGUGAUGAGUGUGGGAAAGCUUUCAGUGAUGGCUCCUCUUUCGCACGACACCAGAGGUGCCACACAGGCAAGAAGCCGUAUGAGUGCAUCGAGUGUGGCAAAGCUUUCAUACAGAACACCUCCCUUGUUCGUCACUGGAGAUACUAUCACACCGAGGAGAAACCCUUUGAUUGCAUCGAUUGUGGUAAAGCCUUCAGUGAUCACAUAGGGCUUAAUCAACAUAGGAGAAUUCACACUGGAGAGAAGCCUUACAAAUGUGAUGUGUGUCACAAAUCCUUUCGAUACGGCUCAUCCCUCACUGUGCACCAAAGGAUUCAUACUGGAGAAAAACCGUAUGAGUGUGAUAUUUGCAGAAAAGCCUUCAGCCAUCACGCAUCACUCACUCAGCAUCAAAGAGUGCAUUCUGGAGAAAAGCCUUUUAAAUGUAAAGAAUGUGGGAAAGCUUUUAGGCAGAAUAUACACCUUGCUAGUCAUUUGCGGAUCCAUACGGGGGAGAAGCCCUUCGAGUGUGGGGAAUGUGGGAAAUCCUUCAGCAUCAGCUCACAGCUUGCCACUCAUCAGAGAAUUCACACAGGAGAGAAGCCUUAUGAAUGUAAGGUUUGUAAUAAAGCCUUUACGCAGAAGGCUCACCUUGCACAGCACCAGAAAACUCAUACGGGAGAGAAGCCGUAUGAGUGCAAGGAAUGUGGCAAGGCCUUCAGCCAGACCACUCACCUCAUUCAACAUCAGAGGGUUCAUACUGGAGAGAAGCCCUAUAAGUGUGUGGAGUGUGGGAAGGCCUUUGGGGAUAACUCAUCCUGCACUCAACAUCAGAGACUCCACACCGGCCAGAGGCCUUAUGAGUGUGUGGAGUGUGGGAAGGCAUUCAAGACCAAGUCAUCCCUCAUUUGCCAUCGUAGAUGUCACACUGGAGAGAAGCCUUACGAGUGCAGUGCCUGUGGCAAAGCCUUUAGCCAUCGUCAGUCCCUUAGUGUACAUCAGAGAAUUCAUUCUGGGAAGAAACCGUACGAGUGUAAGGAAUGUAGGAAAACCUUCAUCCAAAUCGGACAUCUUAACCAACAUAAGAGAGUCCAUACUGGAGAGAGAACGUAUAACUGCAAGAAGGGCAGGAAGGCCUUCAGGCAGACUGCGCACUUUGCUCACCAUCAACGAAUUCAUUCUGAAGAGGUGUCCACUCACUCUUUGCCUUCCACAUCCAGUCCUGUGGACCUCUUCUCCAAAUUUGUGUGGAAUCCAUCCUCCCUUUCAUCAUCAUAAUCUCAAAACAUUGCCGUCCCCACUACACUACUUAUUAAAGGACUAUUAAGUUCA